CGAGCGCCCGAUGUAAACACGAGAGGAGGAGGGAGACAAAGCAGAAAUAUACGUAAAUCGGAUAAAUUAGGAGAAGAAAAGACAUUGAUAGCCAGAGUGAUUGCGUAAAUUGAAGAAGUUGACCGGGAGAAAGACCGGCCGUAACAACCCAUCCGCUGGUUACACUUGAAAACCCUCUCCAAAAAUUGGUGGAUUCAUUGCAUAGUAUGGAUAGUACACCCCUGGAAUGCUCAUGCCUUGAGAGGUACAAUGAGUCCAACAGACGGCCAAGAUUCAUGCCGUGCGGCCACAUCCGUUGCACAAGCUGCUGUGAGGAGGGGGUGGAUGCAGGAAGACUCCAAUGCCACAAAUGUGACCUUUUUCAUUAUCCAAUCCAUAGUCUUCAUGUUUUCCCCAUUGCAUACAUUGUGGAAGACCUUGUGAAGCAUUACCAAAAGAUAUCAGAUAGUUCUAAAGGAGCGUGUCAAGGGAACGACAACAGCGACGAGGAUGAGCCCCGGUUUGUCUUCACACAGCGACACUAGGUUUUACGCAAGUAGCACCAUGACCUCAAUGCUGCUGAAACAGGACUCCUUGAUGGCAGAUUUUGCAAGUACCUUCGUCAGCUCAAAGGUCAAACUGGACAAGUAUAGGUCAGCUCUUGAUUACAGCCUGCAGGAACACGAGACCCUAACGAAGGAUUUAAAUGCAUUGAUCAAGAUGAACGAGAAGCUGAUGCAUAUGCUGAAAAUGGAGAGGUGUGCUUUGGAUGGACAUAGAAAAGAAGGUGAACAAUUGAUGAUUAAUAUGAGCAGUGCCAAGGAGCGAAUUCAAAAAAUAACUUCAGUAAAAGAUGCGUUGGAGAAGCUCAAGAAAUCAGAUGAGUGUUUGGAGAAGGCUAAAGAUUGGGUAGAGCAGAACAAGGACAGAUUCCCCAACAAUAAAAUGAUUGCUACGACUGUCCAGCUACGCCUUGUCAUUAAGAAGAAUCUCGCUGUGAUUUUCGAAGAGAUGGAGGCUGAAAAAGUUGAAGAUGAGAGUGAGGAUGAGGAGGAUGAAGAAGAGGAGAAUUACAGUGAUAAGGCAUUUUCACUCUAUAAAACCCUCUUAGGCCCAGCUGAAAUCAACAAGGAGAUUAAGGUGGAUAAUCCAUUCUUCAAGUACUUGCUGCCUGAGUAUGUUAGAACCGUCGAUGUUUAUGCUGUUCAAGAUGAAAACCAGACCAUGCGCUCAGCCAAGUUGACUAUGUAUGAAGACAGGAUCCAUCUGCACAACCUUGAAGUCGGCGCACCUCCUGAUGAUGCUUAUACAAUUAAGCACAGUGAUCUGAUUGACUUGUUGGACUCAUCAUCUACCCUGACUUUCCUAGACUUCAAGGGCAUUAGAGAUGAAGCAAAACGCAUAUACAUCCGCAUGAAUGGCGACACCACACGUGCGAAGCAAUUCAUUCUGCUGUGUGCAGGCACCUGGGGUGGGUCCUACGCAGACACUAAACUGAUCAUGGUAUGGAACGCUGGCAAUGAAGGCGAGUGUGUAUGGGGAGGGGAUUACAGCUGCGGGAAUUCCAUUAUCCCCGGGCUCACGACGCAAGGCGAGUACCUACACCCCAAUAAACUGGGGACUGUCAGUGGCUGGUACACAGACUACCGAGGAACAAGGUUCUGCAUCACAACCAAGGACAAAUCCCAUUCCAACCUCAUUUCUGCAUUCGGGAUGGUUGAGAAAGGGAUAGAUGUUGUGAUUGAUAUAGUUCAAUCGUUUUAUGGUAGAGAUUGGAAAGUGACGAGCUGUGGAUUAGUGAUAGAGGAAGCGUGCAUUAAUGGGACUCAGACAAGAAAUGCUAGGGAAGAGGAAGACCUAUCUGACACUUCUAGCAACUCAAGUGGCAGUCAGUGAAAUGUUGAGCUUCAUCAACUGAACUGUUGAAAUGAUUUGUACUGGAGGAGGAAUAAGAAAAACUAGGUAGUGACACUGCCAGUACUUUCACGUGCCAUUAAAGACAAACUAACAUCAUAAGAAUGUAGAAUGUACCUUCUGAUGUUAAGCAGUAUUAGAAAUAUAUUGUUGAAUACUCUUAAGAUCCUUAUAUUUAACAUCUAAGCUGUCAUUCCAUUGAUGUUCUGAUCACAGUAGCUGUGCAAAUCUUUUCCUUUUCUUCUCCUUUAGUAAAUACGUCUUUAAAUGAAGGAAGUAAGCAUGCUGAAAAGCUGAAAAUGUUGACUGCUUCAAUAAUCCAUAGCCAGUAUGUUUUGUUUUUUGUAUGUUUAUGUAAUAUAUAAAUCAUAUAUUCAAGAUUUUAUUAGUCUUAGGUCAUUCCUUUCCCUAGUGUUUAUUAUGUCUUUCUUAUUGUAAUUUUUGUGAGUACAUUCUGAACAGUGUUAGUUCUGAAGAUAUAUGUAUAUUUUUUCAUAUAUAUAUAGUAAUUGUUAAGCCAGACAAAUAAUAAAAAUGAAUUUAA